AUGUCCCUUGUGUUUGCAGAGGGCAGCAGCCAGGAGCACGUAUUUCAGGAGGCGGUGCAGGAUCGUGUGGAUGAUUUCGUGAAGGGCGACAACGUGCUCCUUUUUGCAUACGGUCCCACUACCUGCGGGAAGACGCACACCAUGGAGGGUCCGCCCACGGACCCAGGAGUGGUGCUUCGCACUCUUGAAAGAGUAUUCAGGCUGCUGGGCCCUCGGGUGUGCCAGUGGGCACCAGUGCGCCCCGUGGGUUACGACGACGUGGCCUCAUUCAAUGCAGAAGAGGAGGCAUCUGUGCUAUCGCUGAAAAGCAAAUUGUUGGGCCAAGAGAGAGCCCGCAGCGCUGCCGACUUCAGCGCCUUCCACCUGCGCUCAAAUAACGGCGAUGGGUCCCCGUUCGGCAGCUGCGACAGCAGAUACGGCGACAAAGCACAGGCUGAGCGCCGCGCAGUUCCAAGGCGGGGUGAAGACCGGGCUGAGCGCACAUUUGUUCGCGGCCUCGUCGAAGUGCCCGUACAUUCAGCUGAUGAAGCGCAUCGGGUGUUUGCCGAGUCUAAGCUGAACCGCAGCUCUAGUCGCAGCCACUGCGUCUUCAAUAUGCGGCUUGUCAACUCUGUGGUGGACAGCCGGAACUGGCACGUCAGCACACUGAUGCUGUGUGAACUGGCUGGUUCAGAGAGGCCAUCGAAAUCUGGCAGUGAAGGGCCAUUACUUCACGAAGGGGGCCGCAUCAACAACUCCCUGUUGGUGCUCAACUGCUGCCUCGAGGGCCUACGUGACCUCAGUGGCUCAUACAAGAAGAUCCAUUUGCCCUUCCAAGAGAGCAAGCUCACACAGGUACAAUUACACUGUUAUGGAUUUACGUUGUAAUCUGGAUUUUAUCCUUUGCCAUUUUAAUGAAGCAUCGCUUCACAUCAACUUUCUCAUU